AUGAAGUAUCAAAUGCAAGAGGAUGAGAGGACAGAAGACUCCCUUGAGAAGUUGCUCGAGAGGUGUAGCAAGGUCGGAGACGGAUACCUUUCGACUUACCUCCUUCCAUUCCAGACCGUCCCUAAUAAGGUUGGUCGAUACCAACUGGGUGAAGGCGAAACCGACAGAAGAUGUCUCACUGUUCUGCUACUCGGCUUAAGCGGAUCAGGAAAGUCGAUGCUACUGGAAGUGCUGGGGAAUUACGGACUUGGAGUGGAAUUCCACGAUCCUCAUAGGUUUCAGAUGAAGGAUGGAGGACCCACAGACGAGAUAGCCUCCUACACUUUUUUCACCAGGGACCGCAAAAGAUUCCCUCGCCCAAUCACCUUCAUCGAUACCCCUGGCUUCCUGAGGGGGAAGGGGAAGCCUGAGGAUGAUCGAAAGUUGAUUGAAGACAUCCGUGAAUUCAUCUGUCUCCAUCACAAGCAUGGCGUGCACGCCGUUAUCUUCGUUAUUCCGAGCUCUCAGGGAAGAUUAACGGCAGAGCAGAAGUUGAUGUUGGAACACUUCACUAAAGUCUUGGGAAAUGAAGCAACUCGUGAGAUAUCAUACUUGUUUUGUACAUUCGCGGACAGCAAGCACCUCCCCGUCCUAGAAUCCAUAAAGGAAGCACGCUUGGAGUUCAAGGGACAUUUCCCCAUCAACAGCUCUGCCUACUUCGUCAAGGAGGAAGUGAACGAUGAAAAUGAUGAAGAUGACUCUUCCAUCGACGACGAAGGGGAAAAGGGGAGAAAAGGGAACAAUGCUAAUAUCAAUGAACUGCUCUGGAAGAUGACCACGGAUAGCAUUCAAAACUUCAUCAAGGACAUGCAGGGGAACCGUCUCGUUCAGGCACGGAAACGCCAAGGCAGAAGUUCAGAAGGAAGUAUCAAUAGUUCAGAAGUUCCGUUCUCAGUUCCAGAAGGAAAGGAGUACGGAAGGAAAGGAGUGGGCGUGGAGACAGGAACACCUGCCAGAAAGACAGGUAAUCCUCAAUUUCUGCAAUCCCUUCAAUUGAUUGGCUUCCUUGCAACUUUCAUUGACACCAGUGCUCGUAUGACCAGCUCAUGCGGACGGAGAACCCAUUUCCUUGGGAAACUCGAAGAGUGUGGAAUCCCGCCAUCUCCCAGACGAGAUUGCUUCACAAUCCACUGGGGGAAAUUCAUUCUUCGCCUACAAUCGCGGCAUAAUCGAGCGAUGGACUUAGUGGAAGGAGAUGAGGAACAUUCUCGUUUCAGAGCCGCGGUGGAAGGAAAAGAACCAUCAUCUUCGCCAUCUAUUCAAAAGGAAAAGAAGAAAAAGAAGAAUAAGGGAGUAUGUCGGCUACUGGCCCGAUUCUCAAGCCCCAAGUCUGUUCAACCCCACAAACCGGGAAAACCCGGGUUUGAUAUUGCAUCCGCAUACCAAGGAGAAACGGAUGAGACCAAAUAUGAGUAUCCCAAGGAGCCGAAGACACGCCAAAUCAAACCACCUAGUAUCAAUGUGGCAUCAACAAGGCCCACCAAAGAAGUGCACAUCAACAUUACUGACGUCCUCGAUGACGAAGAAAAGUUGUACGCUUUGAGUCUGGCACCGACUCUAAAGAGACUCGAUCCUGAAAGCAGGAGAAUCGCUAGAAUAGAAAUAGAGAAAUUAUUGCUGCAAAUUGAAUUCGGCAAUCACCCUUCCUUGAACACCUGAUGAUCAUUCUAUGCCCAUAUCUUUCUCUACUGCAACCACUUCGUAUGAAAUUAACGUUCUUUUCUGGCUUGGAUGAGGCCCUUCCACAAUGUGUAAAUGAAUGCUCUUUCAGAUAUUUCUCUUGAGCCACUUGGUUGUUUCAGACGAAGUUCUCAGCACCUUUUUCCCUUCGGUUUUUCAAAAAAAGUGCACUACUUCACACCGCUAACAAGGAAUUCGGAUGCUUUAUAACAAUCAGGAUUUCCCAAGAGUGUCAACGUAGUACUCCCUAGGUACCUAGUACUUCUCCUUUCCAUAUCGUCAU